AUGCAAUCGUUGAGUGACUCACCGGCGUCGUCUCCAGAGCUUGGCAACUCGCUCAUGUGGGAGAAGGUGGCGUUGUCGCCACUGGAGAUGCUCUCGGUUCGGCUAGACGACGAGCUGCUCCAUGCUGAAGAGGCAGCUGCAGCAGCCAGUGCGUCUAGACAGAACAAGUACGGCGUGGACGUGGAUCCCAAGACGGGCAAAGCUGCUGGGUGCGUGACGAUUGAAGUCUUGGAGGCCAAGGAUCUUGUAACAGAUCGAAGUGCAGCAAUACUGGCAGUCAAUGGCAAUGCGCAGUUGGAACUGUACGUGUCCACGCAGGUGACGCCACUGUCGGCUUUUGAGAAGACGACAAAGAAGUACGUGCGCACUAGGAGCGCACAAGCAGUCGAUUGUGGUCGAGCGAUGUGGCGAGAGCGUCUCGUGUACGAUGGCGCCAAGACCAAGAAGUUUGGCAUCAAGGUCAUGCUCAGCAGCAGCAGCGCUGCGGUCAUUGCUGAUGUGGUGCUUGGGGAAGCAGAGUUGCGAAGCAGUGAUUACGAGGACCAAGCACCUCACACGAAGUGGGUCGAUCUGAAAGCACCAAUGUCUGCUGCUAGCAGUGGCAGCACUACCGGUAAAUUGCUACUGCGCGUCACGUUUGCAUAUUCGGCGCGUGAGCGUCACGUCCGUGCGUUAACUCGGCUGCGCGAAAAGAAGCGCGAGAACGAUACUGAUAUCGAGCGAUACAAAGCUACGAUGCGACUCGUGAACUCUCCUGUGCGUCAUCCUGCUGCAUAUGGCGAGGCAACGGCGAGAGCCGCGCUCUACGUGCCCGGCAACAAAUUCGACAGUACGGCACACCAUCCAGCAGCUGUAAGCGUCGCCCCUCUUGCUGACAAGACUCGCAUCGUGACUCCAUUUGGACGGGGCGUUGUGGUCUGUUUUCGGCCAGAAACAAAGAUGUACGUGGUGCAGAUGGACACUGACUCUGCCUCGGGCAGCCACACAAUGGCCUACUUGCGGCACGACGUGGUACAAGAAGAGCCUGACCGCCCGCAUCUCCGCAUGCACACGAACGUCGUGACUCCGUACGGUCGGGGCGUUCUAGAAGAGAUUCGCCCUCACGACGACGUCUUGAUCGUCCAGUCGGAUCACGCCCGCAUGUUCAUGCAGCGCAAGGAUGUCAAGCUACCAGCAAAGGAUGUGGCCGAAAUGACACUGAAAGACCUCGUGAGCGAGGCGACCAAGCUUGCCGAUACCGGCAAUGAGGAGUUCCGUCAAGGCAGCUUGCAACAAGCCGUGUACAGCUACUUGCGAGCCCUGGGCUUUCUCCAGCGCGUUGAACAAGACCGCGCGACGCACAAGGAGAAAGCGACGAUCAUCCAGACGAUGAUCCGCUGCCACCUCAACAUUGGGGCGUGCAAAUUGAAGCUCGAUGCGUACGCGGACGCCGAGAUCGCGUGCACGAAUGCCCUGAGCAUCCUGUCCGUGCUGUCUGAGAACCGCGACGGCAACGUCGUCACGUGGAUGGGGCGGCUGGGCCUGUCAGAGCAGCUCAUGUUUGGGGACUGGCCGUCGAAAGCUCGUUUCCGCCGCGCCCAGGCGUGUGUGAAGCUCGAGAAGUACGUGGACGCCAAGCAGGAUCUGCUGCUGGCCGUGAAGCUGAACCCCCGCGACAAGUCGUGCCGCACGCUGCUCGACACGGUGACCAAGUUACUGGACAAGCAAAAGCGCGACGAGAGGAAGGCCUGGGGCGGCAUCUUUGACAGCAUCGACGCCUCUGCGCCGACGAUGGGAACGGCAACGGGUCGUCAGAAAGCCGACGAAAAGUCGGUCUUCACGCGCAAGACCAAGCAGCAAGUGCGAGCAGCUGCAGCCGCGAAGAGUACAGACGGAACGGGGCCGUGGUACUCGACCACGCGCGCGCUCGCCACGGCGUCCGUGUUGGCGGCAGGCGCUGCGGCCGUUGCGUUGCUGGUCCUGAAGCCCAAGAGCUCGUAG